AUGGCCAUCCGGGAUCACUUCCGCCGCCGCAAGUCCAUCUCCGAGCCCAGCCAGGGAGAUCGUAGCGGCUCAGACCCAAAGUCCCCAGCUCUCCGCCUCGCAAAGACGUUCGGUUGGCGGUCAGCAAAAGAAGAGAAGCCGAAGAAGAAGACCGCCAUCAAGGAGAAGGAGGCCGACCCGCGCGAAAGGCCCUUCAAUGAGACCAACCUCAGACACCAAGAGAUCCUCAAUGGCUUCACCAUGACGUUCGGCAAGGGUCAGCGCCAGAUGAGUCGCGAUGCGCGGUCAAGUUACUACAGCAUCAACGUCAGUCCCGGCACGUCGCGCCACAACAGCGUGGAUGUGGACGACAGCCCGCUCCGUAUGAAUCCGUUGCCUCGCGAAAGCCAGUUCCGGUCCGUGCCGGAGGAGGAUGAGAGGCCUUGA